CGUAUCAGCACGUGUCCUUCACCUUAGCUGAAACUGAUGCAACGCCGAAUCAGCUGUGAAACAUAUGUAAAAUUGUGAACAAAGUUCCUAAUAAUUGUGUAUUGAAAAGAAUAUUUUGGAAGUUUACUUAAUUUAUUGAAAAUGGCUGACGAAGAGAUGUUACCAUUUGACCCUAGUAUGAAGAAGAAGAAGAAGAAAAAGAAGACUGGUUUUGACCCUGAUGCUGUAGAAGAUGCACCAGCAGAGACUCCUGCCGAAGACACAGUUACAGAAGAGAAAGGAGGUGACACAGAACAAGUCCCAGAGAAACCAGUGGAUGAAGAAUUGUCCCUGGACUUUGGUGGUUUGAAGAAAAAGAAAAAGAAGAAAAAGAUGGACAUGGAUGAGUUGAAAGAAGCUUUACCAACAGACGGUACAGACGAGGUAGUAGAGGAUGGGGGAGGGGUACCCGAUAUAGGUGUAACAGACGCUGAUCUGUCUCUACCAAUGAAGAAGAAGAAAAAGAAAAAAGUCGAUUUUGAUGAAUUUAAACCAGAACCAGAUGGUGGGGAAGAAAGCUAUGAUGCAACUGAUGGUGAUAAGAAAUCAGGAAGUGCAAAGGGCAAGGCUUGGGUAGGAUCCGACAGAGAUUAUUCAUAUGACGAGUUGCUCACUAGAGUGUUUGACAUUAUACGAGAAAAGAAUCCGGAAAUGGUAACGGGAGAGAAGAAGAAGAUUGUUAUGAGACCUCCUCAAGUCCUCAGAGCAGGUGCUAGAAGAACCUCAUUUGCAAAUUUUGCUGAAAUUAGUAGAAUGUUGCACAGACAGUCAAAACACGUAUUAGCAUUUUUAUUAGCUGAAUUGGGUACCAGUGGUUCAGUAGAUGGAAACAAUCAGCUAAUUAUUAGAGGCAGAUUUAACCAAAAACAAAUAGAAAAUGUUUUAAGAAGAUAUAUUAAGGAAUAUGUAACUUGUCACACGUGUAAAUCUCCGGACACAUUACUACAGAAAGAGGAACGCUUGUUUUUCUUACAAUGUGAAACAUGUGGAUCCCGAUGUUCCGUCGCCAGCAUCAAGUCAGGUUUCCAGGCCGUCACAGGACGUAGGGCAGCCAUGCGUGCAAACGCACAGUAACUUCACAACAAGUGCUAAUAAAACUGUCUUAUUUAUAUGGAGAAGUUGCCAGAUGCAAAUUCUUGGUACGACUUGGCAGUACUUGUGUUAUCAUUACUGUCUGCAUUGGAGCAGUUGAUAAAAGCCACAAUUCUAUUGGCUAAAACAAAAGAUAAGGUCUAUGGAAAAUUUGUUUCCCAUUUGCUUUAUAUAAAAAACAAUAAUUUAAAAACAGUUUAGACUUUAAAAAUGAUCAAGAUUUCAAUCAUCAAUCAAAAGUUGGAGAAAAGGGAGGACACCAGUAAGGGUGGAGUUGAUCUGACAAGUUAUUUGUUUCAUGUAAUUUUGAAAGACGCUGCCUUUAUUUAAAUGUUAUGAAAUUUCUUCAUACCACGGUAAAGGAAUUUGUUCUGAAAUGAAUAAUAGGAAUUCAAUGUUUAGUAUUAACCAGAAGCUACAUCAUUUUCCAUACAUUUCAAAUUUGCCAUGGUAACAUUUUGUUCCGAUUUCUCUGGUUACAUUUUCAUUUGCCAUUAUUUACACCAUGCUUAAAAUAUAUUGGGCUGAAAGAACUGUUAUUUUGAUCCAUAGUUUUUGGCAGAAUUUUGAUGUGCUUUGAUAUUUAGUGUUUCAUUUUUGUCCUUGAAUUUAGGCUUAACAAUGUAAUAUAUCAUGUACUAAAUUGCAGUCACAGCAGAUUUCAGUGAUCUAUACAGUGUAAACCUGUAUAUUUUAUCUUAUUGUACUGAUCGAAAUGUGUUCCUUAACAAGUAUUUUUUGUUGUCAUCAAGUAGCUAACUCAAAAUAAAGCAUAUAAUCAAAUUUUAUUGUAACAUUUUAAAAAAUACAUCUGAAUAAGUGUUCUAAGACAUUCAUGCUAAAAAUGGCAGUUGAGGGACAUUUAAUAUCUUUUGUAUGUAUUGUUUGCUCUUGAAAAAUUUACAAGUUUUAUAGAGAUUGUAAACAUUCCUUCUGGAUCACUGUGAUUGUGUUUGACCCUAACUGAAGUUAACAUGCCUUUAAUAAGAUUUCUAAAUUGCUUGAAAUAAACUAAUUUUUGUCUUUUAAGUUACUGAUAUCAUUAAAUGAUAAAUCAGAGAGAUAGAUCAAUAUUGAAAUAAAGAAUGAAAACAUUACUGUAAUACUAUUAAAGUAUUUGAAAAGUAGUCAUUUUGAAGUGAUGUUAUGGCAGUAUGAAUCAUGAAGUUUGUCAGAUUCUUUUUUUCUUCUAUGGGAUAUAUGGUACUGGAAAUGUAUGUAUAUACUUGUAAAUACAUUUGUAUUAAAAUGUGAGAUCUCGAGAAAAA